AAACCCAUUGAUAAUCAAAUAACUUUAACACACCGAAGAAGGGUUUAGGAUAACACUAAAGGGUUCCGAUACGAAAUAUUCAUUUGUGUUUACAACAGCUAGGUCAACAAUCCCCGCCAAUUGGAGUAAACAAGGAAGAUCGUACAGUGUCAAGGACGCGCAGGCUACGUAGGCCUAUUCAAGUUUACCUGUCAACAAAACCUUUUUAUAUUGCGGGUUAAAGGUCAGUUCUUGUUGCACGUGAUUCCUCACCAGGCACUGGCAGACAUGCAUAGCGCAACUGUUGGUGUCGAAUGGAAAUAGGCUGAUAUGACAACAUAACCAUUUCCUGCUACAGAGCAGAAUGCUAUAUUUCUGCUUGAAGAUGAAGUCGGCGCCAUUACUCGGCUGUGUUCUGGCGAUAUUUAUUGCAUGGAACGUGUCGCUGGCGCAUGAUGUCGACGGGCCGCCCACGACUGAUUGGGAAACAUGGAAACAACGUUACAGGAAGAAAUAUGGAAGCAUGUCGGAAGAAAUUGAGAAGCGGGCGGUUUGGGAAAGGAACUCGGCCAUCAUAAGGAAACACAACUCCGAAAUGAACAAAACCUUUGAUCUUGCGAUGAACGAAUUCGGAGACCAGGAACAGAUGACAAGGAAGCAUUUGCCGUAUGCCUACCCCGCUCGGUCCUCCUCGUCAGAUGUCUCUCAAAAGAAUCUAAUGGGGUCGCCCCACGUGGUCCUUCCAAGCAGCGUGGAUUGGCGAAAGAAGGGUGACGUCACACCCGUGCGCAACCAGGGGCAAUUAGGGUCAGCAGCAGCCAUUGCUGCUGCCGACGCAGUGGCUAGCUUCCACGCAAUCCACAAAGGCAACAUUGCCAUGCUCAGUGCCCAAGAAGUGCAAGAUUGCUGCCGGAUCCAUUUGGCUGAUUUCGUCUUUGACUGCAUCCGCAAACUGGGCGGCCUCUGUAAAGACGGUGACUACAAACCAGGCAAUGGAACGUGCCAAAGUGGUUCCUGCACUCCAUAUGCCAAGGUACCGAACGGUGGGAAGAAAGUCAGCUCCGGCAGUGAAGACACCCUCGCCCAAGCCGUAGUCACUGAGCCAGUCAUGGUCAGCAUUGAUGCAAGUCAAGCCUCGUUCCAGUUUUACAGCAGCGGCGUGUACGCCAGCAGUCAGUGCUCUUCUACCCAGCUCGACCACAGCAUGCUGCUGGUUGGCUACGGGCGGCUGGGGGACCAAGAGUAUUGGAUCUGCAAAAACUCUUGGGGCACAUCCUGGGGUAUGGCUGGCUACAUUCUGAUUGCGCGUAACGAGGGCAAUAUGUGCGGAAUCGCAACAGACGCAUUAUACCCGAUCUAGACACACAACCCCCCCAAAAAAGAACUUUACAUAACCAGGGAAAUGGUGAGUCCACGAGGAGACAUCAAGCAAAACUCGCGUUCUUUUGAUCACUUUGAUACAUUCUGUAUUUGUUAAUUUGUUUAUAUACAAAAUCUCACACUUGGAUUAGUUUUAAUAUCUAUUUCAACUCAUAUAGUUCAAUUCCAGGAGUUGCAACUGGGGCACUUCAAAGUGUCCAAUGAUGAUCACCGCCGAGUCAGACGAAUUAUAGAAAACAUUCCAAAAAUGCCUGAUUACU